AUGACGUACGAUCCUGAGAUAUUUGAAGUCUCUCCUAUACAGCUUGAUAAGCUCGUCAUCUCACAACUGGGCUCGUUGGCCCAGAAGCGCCUUGCGAGAGGUGUCAAGCUGAACCAUACAGAGGCCACGGCUCUCAUCGCCAACAACCUCCAGGAGCUCAUCCGGGAUGGCCAACACACGGUCGCCGACCUGAUGAGCAUCGGGUCGACGAUGCUGGGCCGCCGGCACGUCCUCCCCUCCGUCGUGAGCACGCUCAACGAGAUCCAGGUCGAGGGCACGUUCCCGACGGGCACGUACCUGGUCACGGUGCACAACCCCAUCGCGACCGACGACGGCGACCUCGCCAAGGCGCUCUACGGCAGCUUCCUGCCCGUGCCCGACGCGGCCCUGUUCCCGCCCGCGCCGGCCUCGGCCUACGAGGCCGCGGCGCAGCCCGGCGCCGUUGUCGUCGUAAAGGGGCGCGUGACCCUCAACGAGGGCCGACGCCGCAUGCGCCUGGUCGUCACGAGCCGCGGCGACCGCCCCGUCCAGGUCGGCUCGCAUUAUCACUUCGUCGAGACGAACCCGCAGCUCGAGUUCGACCGACGCGCUGCGUACGGGUUCCGCCUUGACAUCCCCGCCGGCACCUCGGUGCGCUUCGAGCCUGGCGAUGCCAAGACGGUCACACUGGUCGAGAUCGGCGGGAACCGCGUCAUCCGCGGAGGGAACUCGCUCGCGAGCGGGAAGGUCGACCUCGGGCGUGCGGAUGCUAUUAUUGAGGCCCUGCAGAAGGCGGGCUUUGCGCAUGAGGUCGGCCCGGGCGGCGACGCGGCGUUGCUUGGCGGAGGUGAGGUGCAGGCCGCGACGCUGGAUCGCGCGGCCUACAAGACGAUGUUCGGGCCCACGACGGGCGACCGCGUGCGGCUCGGUGCCACGGACAUCUGGAUCAAGGUCGAGCGGGACCUCACGGUGUACGGCGACGAGUGCAAGUUCGGUGGCGGCAAGACGCUGCGCGAGGGCAUGGGCCAGAUGACGGGGUGUCCCGACGCCGAGAGCCUGGACAUGGUGGUCACCAACGCGCUGAUCGUCGACCAUUCGGGUAUCUACAAGGCCGACAUUGGCGUCAAGGACGGGCUGAUCGUGGGGAUUGGCAAGGCGGGAAAUCCGGAUGUGAUGGAUGGGGUGACGCCGAAUAUGAUCGUUGGGAGUUGUACCGAUGUCAUUGCGGGCGAGGGCAAGAUCAUUACGGCGGGUGGGCUGGAUUCGCAUAUUCAUUUCAUCUGCCCUCAGCAGGCGUAUGAGGCUAUUGCAUCUGGUAUUACUACCAUGCUCGGUGGAGGUACUGGACCAAGUGCCGGCACGAGCGCUACGACCUGCACGCCCGGCGCCAACUACAUGCGGCAGAUGCUCCAGGCCUGCGACGAGCUGCCCGUCAAUAUUGGCAUCACAGGCAAGGGCAACGACAGCGCCCCGGGGCCCCUCCGCGAGCAAGUCCUAGCCGGCGCCUGCGGCCUCAAGCUGCACGAGGACUGGGGCACGACACCCGCGGCGAUCGACUCGUGCCUCAGCGUGUGCGACGAGCUGGACGUGCAGUGCCUGAUCCACACGGACACGCUCAACGAGAGCGGCUACGUCGAGUCGACGAUCGCGGCCUUCAAGAACCGCACGAUCCACACGUACCACACGGAGGGCGCGGGCGGGGGCCACGCGCCCGACAUCAUCAGCGUGGUCGAGCACGCCAACGUGCUGCCGUCGAGCACGAACCCGACGCGCCCCUUCACGCGCAACACGCUGGACGAGCACCUGGACAUGCUGAUGGUGUGCCACCACCUCAGCAGGAACAUACCCGAGGACGUGGCGUUCGCCGAGUCGCGCAUCCGAGCCGAGACCAUCGCGGCCGAGGACGUGCUGCACGACCUCGGCGCCAUCAGCAUGAUGUCGUCCGACUCGCAGGCCAUGGGCCGCUGCGGCGAGGUCGUGCUGCGCACCUGGAACACGGCGCAUAAGAACAAGGUGCAGCGCGGCCCGCUGCCCGAGGACGAGGGCUCCGGCGCGGAUAACUUCAGGGUCAAGCGGUAUGUGAGCAAGUACACGGUCAACCCGGCUGUUGCGCAGGGCAUGGGACACCUGGUUGGUAGCGUCGAGGUCGGCAAGUUGGCGGACUUGGUGCUUUGGGAUCCGGCGUGGUUUGGGGCGAAGCCUUUGACUGUUGUUAAGAGCGGCUUGAUUGCUUGGUCGCAGAUGGGCGACCCCAACGCCUCGAUCCCAACCGUGCAGCCGGUGCUAGCGCGCCCCAUGUUCGCGCCCCUGGUGCCGCAGACGAGCGUGCUCUUCGUGUCGCAGGCCAGCAUCGCGUCGGGCGCCGUGGCCUCGUACGGCCUGCGCAAGCGCGUCGAGGCCGUCCGCGGCUGCCGGUCCGUCGGCAAGAAAGACAUGCGGUUCAACGACGCCAUGCCCCGCAUGCGCGUCGACCCCGAGACGUACAGGGUCGAGGCUGAUGGGCGGCUGUGCACGGCGGAGCCGGCGGAGGCGCUGCCGUUGACGCAGGCUUGGUUUGUUUAUUAG